GGAAGCGGAGCGUCUCUCCACACAGCUGUGCCUCGCUCUUUGUCGGUCUGCGCUCCUCUCCUGCGCCUUUCUAUCCGGUACAAGGAUACAAAGAGAGGGACAUGUGAGCGAGCAACACGAGGAAGCAUUACCGGACUAGCAGAGUCCAGACACGGAUACUUUAAUCUCCAGACUGGAUACGGAGCUCCGCCGAUGUACGCACUGGAUUUAACGCAGAGAAGAGUGUCGAGAGCAGGGGGAGAGGGGCGGACUUUGUUGCGCAGGACGGUCAGGGUAUAAGGAGGGCAACAUGGAUACAACUUUGCACAUUCUCCAGAAAUCCGCAGACGGUGUACUACCGACUGGGAUCUCCCUGGAUAUGAGUUUAAACAUGGACACAGGGGAAGACUUUACGGAACAGCAGAUCGUGGGGCUCCCGGACAAAAUACCUCUGGUGAAACCUUAUUUCAAGAAGAAGCAGAGGAAAUUGGACGCCAAAUGCCUCCACCGUGCCCUGGAGGAUCCCAUCCUGACCACGUUACUGAGCACGGACGCCCUGGUCUCCGGGGACGGGGUCUUUGUUCCCCGGAACCAUCCAAGUCGGACUCCAGGAAGCCUGUGUGCAGCGGCCGUGGUGAAGCAGACCUGCAUGGCCCAGGUAUGUCUGAAGUCCCCCGGAGCCCCUGUGGACGCCACCUCUGGGGCUGGGUUAUUGACCCGGGACGGUGAUGUGGAAAUAGCCGAUACUACUGCAGAGCUGGAGGAGACAGAGCGGCGGGCGGAGCGACCCAAGAUCCCGGAUCCCACCCCCCCCAGCCCCUGCUUUCAGCCAAAACUUGGCCUCAGGGCAGCGGGGAGCUCAGUGACAAUACCGUCCCCCGGCAGGGAUAUACGCCCCUCAGUUGCAGCCCAGGUUUCCCACCAGGAGGGGAGCAUCAAAAGCAAUGACCUCUUAACCUCUGGGGCGAAAACCCUUCCGGUCAAAGACUGCACCCAGGGCCCCCAGGCCCUCCUCCUUCUGCUGCCUGACAAAGGCAUCCUAUUUGAGGAUAAGAGUGAAGAGGCCUCCCUGGACCUGGUGUUCGAGCUGCUCACUCAGCUCCAGUAUCACACACACCAGUCAGACUCUGUGGACAUCUGUGUGGAUUUCCUCCAAGGACUGUGUGUGUACGGUAAUGACUGUGCCCACCAUCACACCGUGCUGCCGUACUACUGGCAGAUCCGCAGGAGCUGCACCCAGAUGUGGCAGAGCAUGGCGGACGAGUCCCAGGAACAGCUGGAGAGGCUGUACUGCAACCCGGACAAUGAGCAAGUCAGGCUCAAGUUUCAGGGUCGUGUGUUUUCCCUAGACUUCAGUGCGAUGCGUGUGUGUGACCUGGAAUUUGACCGUGUACGACGACUCACGACUCCAGCCAGCCCUCACGCCGCGCCAACAACAAACCCCAAUCCCACCCCCAGCUGUCACACAGUGUGGAAGUACUACUGCAGGGACAACUUUGGCUGGAGGGAAUACUCCGAGCCGGUGGUGAAGCUCAUAGAGGAGGCGAGUACGAGGGGUCUCAAGGAGGUGCGCUUCAUUACGCUGCAGAACCAGUACAUCCUCAACAUCAGGGAGGGCUUCCAGCAGAACGCCGUGUUCGGGUUCAGGCGGCAGAUCAAGAAGAGGCCCAUGUUCAUGUCCUCUGUGAUGCUGACACCACACCUACAGACUUUGGGUGCCCUCCCUUCAUCUCCCCUCACCUCCUCAUCCUCCUCUUUGUCCUCGUCAAUGGAACUCUCCGUGUCGCACCCCCUCUCGCCGACCACCACCAACCCCCCCAGCCUUUUCCCGGAGACGUGGUUGCCCAUGACGAUGAGCCAGGACUUCCUGCAGGUGCCGGUGUCCCGCGAGGACCGGAGCUACCGGACGGUUUACAGCCUUUUCCACAAAACAGUGUCAGAGACCAAGUUCAGGAUCCUCAAGAUCCAGCGAGUACAGAACCCCUUCCUCUGGGAGAAAUACAAGAGGAAGAAGGAGUAUAUGUCCCGGCGUCUGUCUGAGAUGGACCGGCUGCUGAGCGAGCGGCACCUAUUCCACGGCACCUCGGCCGACGUGGUGGAGGGGAUCUGCAAACACAACUUCGACCCCCGGGUGUGCGGGAAACACGCCACCAUGUUCGGACAGGGGUCCUACUUCGCCCGCAAAGCUGUCUACUCUCACAACUUCUCCAAGCGCUCGCCCAAAGGAGUCCACUGCAUGUUCCUGGCCAAAGUCCUCACUGGAAGGUUUACUGUAGGAAAUCCCUCCAUGCGACGACCCCCACCCAUCAACCUCCGCGACCCCUCCAGUGACCUCUACGACUCCUGCGUGGACAACUGGGUGGACCCGCAGAUCUACGUCAUCUUCAACGACGACCAGAGCUACCCGUACUUCAUCAUCCACUACGAGGAGGUACCGGGCACCGUCGCCGUGUGAGCGUCAGACCUGGGACUGUCUGAAUCUGGAAACCCCUCACCUUACAGUCUGUCACGGUGCCAGGCGGGCGGAGUUUCCCCACCUCAGAUGCAAAAGGAACAGUUUCACAAGGUGAUAUUUAGAGUACUUUUAGCUGUUGCUGAAACGGACUCUAUUGGAAUCUCUUUGUCGGACUGAGCUUCAAACAUCUGCCGCUCCGACAGUCGAGGAAAUGACAACUGGAUCAGACUGGACUGUAAGGAAGCGGAUCAGACUGGACAAAACUGGACCUACAAACGGACGACACCAUCCAGUGUUCAGAGGUGGGCGACCACACCGGACUGGACUUUGCUUGACAGGAGUUUAGCGGUGAUCACCACAGGAUUUUAUCGACCUUAUUUUGGAGCAGAAGCAGGAAAACUGAGUCGUCGUACCGUGUUUUGACUGUAGUCGUAUGGCUGUAACUGAACUCCCAUCAGGACAGGGAGCGUCCUGCCAGUACUGUGAAGCCGGCUGUAUUAUCCCCAGGAAGCAGCAACACAACAUUAACCCCCCGUCAUUCUCUUACAACAAAUCAUCGUGAGUGUUUACCCUGCCUCCGGACCAUUUUUUUUUUUUUUGUGCUGCGUGUUUUUUAAUUUAGUGGAAACGGAUCUCGUGGCCUCUUCAGUCGGACAUUGAACGAGAGUUUCGGCGGGACUUUUACACAUCCGUAGAAAAAGAAAACCUCCCGGCAGAGGUUUCACACCAGUGCUGUGCCUGGUCAGCGUUUAUGCCUUUGUGCCCUCCGUUUCAGCUCCUGGCGGGGGGGCUGAAGAGUGACCCGUUUCCCGCUGAGACCCCCCCCCCUGGAACUCAUCUCUCUUGGACCGCUCUCUCUCUCAGAGACAGUAGACAUGUUUUAUUGAAACUGUACAGACGUCCUCUUUGUUUAUAUUUGAACUGUGUGCCUUUUGUUCAUAAAAAAAUUAUUUAUGUUAGUUUAAUGUAACAUUGAUUUAAUAAAGAAUCUAAAAGAAAAAAAGA